UUCCUACUACAUUCGGCUCAAGCAGAAGCUAGGCAAACCCGUUCGCCUGACCUUUCCAUGCCCACGGCUAGUUUUGUAGUAGAAGCCAACACAGUCACGGUUAUUAGCCAGGGAGUUGCUACUACUUGCUAGGCUUGCUAGGGAGCAUACCAGGUCUACUAGACGCGCUAAGCAGAGUCUAUUACUCUCUAUUACUCACAUUUUAUCGGGUCUUGAAGCCGCUACCCCGCGGGUUUGUCGCUGAUUGGACAAUGGCUACGUUAUUAGUUUUACUAUGCGUACUGGCUUCUUUCACAUCCACGGCUACAGACGGCAUUCAUAAAUUCACGGACCCACGUGAUCGAAGAUGAUAAGAGUUCCGGUGGAUUGGACCAUGCAGUAUCUCCAUGUCAUUGAGUCGUGAUUGGAAUAUCGGAGAUUCGAGGUGGAUUGUUCGCCAUCCCCCUAACCUAGGGAACUUCGUCGAUGCCGUACGAUGCGCCCCCGUCGGCUUUCAACUUGCAGUGCAACUGACGCUGCUGCGAUUCCGGAGAUAAAGAAGCCGCUUAGAAUAACCAGAUGGAUACAUCAGUGUUAGCAAGGUCGUCCCUUCUACCACUUUAUGCAAAUUCGAUAAGCUAUAAAUCUUGCGGCCUUUAUGUCAUAGGCUACAAUGGCCUCUCCCGGAAUCUCGGCAGAGCACACAUGUACUCGACCACGAGAGCAUUGAACUCAUCCACAACUAGAAACCUUCAUUCUUCUUCGACAAGGUCUUCGCCUCCCGUAGCAUCUUCUGCACCCCAAGUUUCCUUGGCCGGCACAGCAUCAGAAAGCCACAUUCCCACAGAUUUUCCAACCCAAGCACCUCCAAUGUCUAAGUCGGCCCCCUUAUCAGUGCUUCCUUUGUCCACGGUAAUCCGAAAUCUAGCCACGACUAGUAUUUCAUCGUCACGAGUCCUCCUCCCCCCUUCCCUCGCCAUCAUGAAUGUGCUUGCCCAUUCCAACAAAGGGAUCCUCAACCCAGACAAGAACCCACUGCUCCGCUGGUUCUUGAAGAAAACCUUUUAUUCUCAGUUUUGUGCUGGAGAGAAUCCCGCUGAGGUCCGCCGCACUAUCGACGGCCUCAAGAAUAUCGGUUUCACUGGCGUAAUCCUAGGCUAUGCUCGCGAGAUCGUACUAAGCGACUCACAAACACGCACCCUUUCCCCCUGCGACGAAGGCCCCCUUGCCGCCGAAUGUCUGCGCAACGAGAUUGGUCCUUGGGCUGCUGGUACCUUGGAAACAGUGCGACUCGCUCAACCCGGUGACUUCGUUGCCUUGAAGUUCAGCGGCGCAGGACGACAAGCAUUGUACGCGCUUAAGAACCGCCUACCCCCGCCGAAGCACCUGCGUCAGGCCAUCGACGAGAUUUGCGCGGCUGCUGCCAAACAAAAUGUCCCGCUACUCUUCGAUGCCGAGCAGAUGGCUGUCCAGGCCGGCAUCGACGACUGGACUCUUGAAUACCAGCGUAAACACAACAAGAUCCCCGGCCAUGCUAUCAUCUACGGAACCUACCAGGCAUACCUCAAGUCCACACCGCACACGCUUUCGGCGCAUCUCGCAGCUGCGGCUAAGGACAACUUCACACUCGGUGUCAAGCUCGUGCGCGGCGCGUACCUAGGCGCCGAUCCCAGGUAUAUCAUUCACGAUACCAAAGAGCAGACCGAUGCAGCCUACGACAGCAUCUCGACAAGCCUCAUCUGCCGACAAUGGGGAGAAACUCUACAGCCAGAGAACGGAGCGGCAACGUCAUUCCCACGCGUCAGCGUCGUCCUCGGAUCGCACAACCUCGAGUCGGUGCGACGCGCGCGCACGACCCGCGAAAGCCCCGAGGCCGACCGCAACACCGAACUAGCCAUCGCACAGCUCCAGGGCAUGGCCGACGAGAUCAGCUGCGAGCUAGUUCUCGCGGCGAAGGAGAAGCGCGCGGUCGUGGCGAAGGGCAACGACGAUACACCCAAGGCGUACAAGUACAUCGUCUGGGGCACCACCGGCGAGUGCAUGAAGUACCUGCUCCGCAGGGCGUACGAGAACAGGGAUGCGGUGGCCAGGACGAGGAGUGGACGUGAUGCGAUGUGGGCUGAGGUUGUGAGGAGGGUAAGGGGGAGUCUGGGGUUGGGGGCUGCUUAGAGGUACCUGGGCAUGGGACUGACUUCCUUUUGAGGAGCGGGGACGGAGAUGGGGAUAACGCCUCACAAAAGACAAAAGCAUGACAUUGCGCAGGAGUGAAAUGAAGUUAUGAAUUGAUACCACGGGUGGAGUGGUCGGGGCACCCCCCCUUUUUUUUUUCCCUUUUUAAGGUAUCGCGUUUAGGUACCUACAGUGUGUUUACUUUUUUGUUAUUGGGAUUCCUCAUUGCUAUGUACUGGGCUAGGUGGGUAGGUAGGGAGGCGGGUAGAUCAAAGGAUUUGAUCGAAACGGGUUGGUUGCUUUGAGUUUGAGGGAGGGGAGGGGGUGCUCUGAUAGGUUAGGUACCGCUUAACUAGGUAGUAGGUACGAUUAGCCGCCUACCAUGUAUUUUG